UACAGUUAUCGUUCUGUAAAAUUAGGCCUACAAGUUACAACAGUAAUAACGUUAAACGAGAAUUGGAAGCAUUAGAAGCUUGUAAUUGGCUGAGAGCGGCAGGAUUUCCACAGUAUUCACAGAUGUACGAAGAUGGUCACUUUUCCAUUGACAUCAGUAGUGUUGAAGAAGAUCACAAAUUUCUUGAUUCUGACUCAAUCCAAGCAUUGAUAAGCAUUGAUAAGGUUCAACCUCCAGAAGAAAGUGAUGAAGAACAGUGUGCACUAAGUGAAAACUGGCAGUUUCAGCGUACUAGUCGUCGGUGGUCACGGAUUCCUUCACCCUUGGAGGUUAACAACAAACACAUUAAAAGCUCGCCUCCUACAGGAAAAUAUCUGUGUGUGUGUGACCACUUUACAGGUAGCCACGAUAGUAUGUUUGUUGAUGGUCACCAGAAUAGCUUUGACAGUUCAGGAACAGAUGUUUUGCCCAGUUGUGAGGAACAAUCCACCAACGACUUCUUGUGUGUCCCAGUAGAUGCUGAUAAUUUCAUUUCAAGUUCAGGAGGGUUAACUAGCUGUGAUUGUGAGAAGUCACCAGAUUUUCCAGAAAAUGGCUUUGACAAUCUUCGCCGUAGUGGAAGUGAAAGAUUUAAAGAUGGUGCCAAAGCUUUGCUGCGAAGAAUUGAAAGUCUCAAAGGAAAACGCAAGAAGAAAAAUCGUGACGCUUUAGUGAUUGGUGAGAAUUUUAUUUCUAAUGAUUCACCAGCAAGUAGUGAAGCAGAUGGAAGUUCACCAAGUAGUUCACCUCAACUCUCUUGUCACAAAGUCCCACAACAUAUAGCAAUUGAUCAGAACUUACUUCAAGGAGAAUCUCAAGAAAGUCAAAACAGAAUGAACUGGCAUCAAAUUCAGGAAACUGACUUGCAUGCUUUGAAUGAUUCUGAGUCAUCCACACCCAAGUUCUGUAAUCGUAGGACAGACACAAACAGUAAUAUUUGUGAAAAUAUGAAAAACGAACAUUCAAGUGUAGAAAAUAGCCAGUGUGAAAAUAUAAUUGUACAAGAGGUCAACAAUGAUGAGAGACAAACCAAACAGAUAAAUUGUACACCUCCUCCAACCAUUAUUCUCAGUCGAACAACUUCAGUUGAACGAUCAACCAACAGGUUGAACAGAAUUGUUACAGCUCCUGUUUUGGGCCAGACAAAUGAUGAACAGGAGUGUCAAGAGUCCAGUAAUGUCUUUUAUACGACUCUUAUACCAGAUGAAGUGGGCAGUUCUCAGGAUGAAUCUGAGAAGACAACACUGAAUCUGAGAGAAAGGAGGGACUCUGGUGUUGGUUCGUCUCUAACGAGAAAUCCUUUAUGUAGCUCAGCAUCACAAUGGAGUUUAUAUAUUUUCACAGACAUUCCCUUAGAGAAUCGUAAAGAAGCAAUACAGGCCGCAGUUCUCUUGAUGCCUGAUGAAAACCGAGAAGUACUUCAAUCUCUGCUUAUGUUUCUGCAAGAGGUCUCCCAGUGUUCCGAUGAAAACCAGAUGACAGCGACAAACCUUGCUGUAUGCUUCGCACCAUCACUGUUUCAUCUCUCUACUCCAAGGAGUGCGAGCGUCAGCCCGAGACGUAGAAAAACCAUGGGAAUUCCAGACCAGCGAGAGCUUAAUGAGAAUCGAGCUGCACAUGAAUGCUUAAGCUACAUGAUCAAUAAUUACAAGCAACUUUUUCUGGUAACAGAAGAAGUACUUGGACAAGCUAAUGCUGAACAGUGGGAACCUCCAACUAUAGAGGAACUUGGAACUCUAACUAAUUCCACAAACUAUAACUGGAAAACUCAUGUUGAAAUGUAUUUACAAGGACUACAGAAGGAAGCACAUGACAAGUUCAAAGGUUGGAUAGUGUUUCCUCAUAAUGAUGAUGUUGAAGUGUUUUACAAAAAAGUGGAUGAUGGUCAUCCACUGAGACUCUGGAAAGUGUCAGUUGAUGUGGAAGCUCCACCAAUUGAACUUUUGAAUAGGAUAAUGAGGGAGAGAAAUGUAUGGGACGACUCAUUAGCGAAAUGGAGAGUUGUUUCUCGACUAGACCACCAGACUGAAAUAUUCCAGUAUGUCUGUAACUCUCUCGGUCCACAUCCUCCUCGAGAUUAUUGUGUUCUGAGAUCAUGGAGAACAGACUUUCCCAAAGGUUCUUGUAUUCUUGUGGAAAUGUCCAUUGACCACCCCGAUGCUCCUCCUUUACAAGGCAGUGUACGUAGUGUUGUUCUUGCCUCACAUUUCUUGAUUGAACCUUGUGGUGCAGGCAAGUCUCGUGUCACUCAUAUCAGUCGAAUUGACACCAGGGGAAGGUCACCAGAGUGGUACAACAAGGUAUUUGGUUAUAUUUGUGCGUUUCAACUCGCCUGUCUCAGAAAUUCUUUCAAACAUGGAACAGAGGGUCCAGAAACCAAAGUUUAACUCCAUUCAUUCCAUCACCUUUUGUCUUGUUCACUUUUUGUUUCCUGUGUUAAGGAGAACAAAUUAAAUAUGUAAUUUUUAACUAGUCAUGAACCUUUAUUAUUUGUUGAACAAAGAUUACAUGACUCAUACUUUUGAUGCUUCUUAAAUCUCUUUGGAUUGUGAAAGAUGUACCUUAACAGUUGACAAACUUUCAGAUAUGUUUUUAAUGUAAAGUUUUGUGACUAAAAGUGAGGAACUUUUGUGAUAUAUGUUUUGUAUAAUCUUGUAUGUUCCCUUUAUUCUAUUGGGACUUGUACAGUCUGUUCUGUAGAAGUUGAAAAUAGGCUAUCAACUUUGAGGGAAUUUCAUGUGGCAAGCAGUUAUUACUUGCUUCUGUUUUUUUAAUAAAUCUCUUUAUAUUGACAAUGUGGUAUGUUAGCUGCAUCAAUUGUCUAUUGUCAAGUUGUUUGACUUUAUUCCAUUUGAAUAUCUUGUAGAAUGUUAUUUCAUGAAAUGUUUGGAUAAGAUUCAAAUAUAUGAUUUUAUAUCUAAACACAGAGCACUUCCAACUGAAUUAAGGCCAGUUGAUGUAACUUUUGGUUUUGUCAACCGUUCUGUAUUAUACUUGGAAGUGGAUUUCGUAAGGAAGUUGCUUGUAUUUUGAGGAUAACUUGUACAUUUAUUAUAAAGUAUUACAUAUACAUUAUGUACAAAAAGUUUGUUUGCUUGUUGUAAAUCUCAAUGACAAACUUGCUAUUUAAAUUUAAUCAACUAUUAAUAUGAUGUUGUUAAUAAAACUUGGACAUAUUAAUUAAAGAUUUAUUAAGUUUGAAAGACUGGAAGGUAAUAUUUAGGCCAAAGCAACCACAAGACGCAGCAUUUGUUUUUACAAUUAAAAGUGAUGCCUCUAGAUGUCUGUUACUUCUAGUAGCUACGUUUAAAGUUACCUGAAUAUCUAUGUAUGUUACUGUUGAUAAAAUCAAGUAGGUGUUAGUUAAAAUUGAACAUCAUGUGUCAAGGUGUCUUAUGUUACUGUCGAUAAAAUCAAGUAGGUGUUAGUUAAAAUUGAACAUCAUGUGUCAAGGUGUCUUAUGUUACUGUCAAUAAAAUCAAGUAGGUGUUACUUACAAUUUAACAUCAUGUGUCAAGGUGUCUUAUGUUACUGUCAAUAAAAUCAAGUAGGUGUUACUUACAAUUUAACAUCAUGUGUCAAGGUGUCUUAUGUUACUGUCAAUAAAAUCAAGUAGGUGUUACUUUGAAUUUAACACCAUGUGUCAAGGUGUCUUAUGUUACUGUCAAUAAAAUCAAGUAGGUGUUAGUUAAAUUUAACAUCAUGUGUCAAGGUGUCUUAUGUUACUGUCAAUAAAAUCAAGUAGGUGUUACUUCGAAUUUAACAUCAUGUGUCAAGGUGUCUUAUGUUACUGUCGAUAAAAUCAAGUAGGUGUUACUUUGAAUUUAACAUAAUGUGUCAAGGUGUCUUAUGUUACUGUCGAUAAAAUUGGGUGUUGCUUAGAAUUUAACAUCAUGUGUCAAAAUGUCUUAUGUUAUUGUCAAUAAAAUCAGGUGAUGCUUACAAUUUAACAUCAUGUGUCAAGUUGUCUUAUGUUACUGUCAAUAAAAUCAGGUGAUGCUUACAAUUUAAUAUAAUGUGUCAAGGUAUCUUAUGUUACUGUUGAUAAAAUUGGGUGUUCUUUAAAUUUAACAUCAUGUGCCAAGGUAUUUUAUGUUACUGUCAAAAAAAUCAGGUGAUGCUUACAAUUUAAUAUAUUGUGUCAAGGUAUCUUAUGUUACUGUCAAUAAAAUUAGGGGUUUUUUAAAUUUAACAUCAUGUGCCAAGGUGUCUUAUAUUGCUGUCAAUAAAAUCAGGUGGUGCUUACAAUUUAAUAUUAUGUGCCAAGGUAUUUUAUGUUACUGUCAAUAAAAUUAGGUGUUGCUUAGAAUUUAAAAUCAUGUGUCAAGGUGUCUUAUGUUAUUCUCAAUAAAAUCAGGUGGUGCUUACAAUUUAAUAUUAUGUGCCAAGGUAUUUUAUGUUACUGUCAAUAAAAUUAGGUGUUGCUUAGAAUUUAAAAUCAUGUGUCAAGGUGUCUUAUGUUAUUCUCAAUAAAAUCA